UUCCUCCCAUUCUUCUUCUCUCUGUGGAAAAAGAAAUGGAAAGUUACGAGACAAUGAGCUUUUUCAUCUGUUGGUAAAUCGCAUUAAAAGUAAAACGGCAGAACCAGAGAUGGAGCCGCUCUGUGAAGCUCUGCUGCAGACUUUGUGAGGGUUGGAGCCGUUGUGACGUCAGCAGAGGCUCGGUUUGUUUGAAGCAGACAAACUGGACGUGCCGCUCAUUUCCCUGAAUUUGUUUCCCUCAGAGGAACAACAUGGCUGAAACACAGCGAGGGACAAUGACAGGAGCAGCGACAGGCAGGAAGAAAUGGGUUUUUCCUCAGAGAGCUGGGGCUGAUGAGAACAACGCGAGCGUUUGUUCUGACAGAGACGCUCACAGAAGUCUGGCGGUUCCUUUCAGAGGUCACAUCAGCGGUGGGAUGUGUCCGGGGAAGAAGGUGGUGCUGGUGGGCGUGGUCGACCCCCGUCCUGACAGGUUCUAUGUAGCUCUGACGUGUGGUCGUGGGACAGGCGGGCAGCCUCCCACUGAUGUAGCUCUGGAGCUCUGCGUGCGCUUCAGGGACCGCCAGGUCCUUCGGCGAGCCUGCGUGGGAGGAGUCUGGGGAGACGUGGACAGAGCCGUGCCUUUCUUCCCCUUCAUCAAAGACCAGCCCUUCAAGAUGGAGCUCCACAGUGAACACGGUCGCUUUCGGGUUUUCGUGGAUGGACAGAAGACGUUUGAUUUUUCCCACAGACUGACGUCACUCGACAAAAUCGACACGUUGUGGAUCAAAGGAAGUCUCACCAUCACUAAACUGGCCUAAAAUCCUCCUGGUGAAUAUUCUCCUCACUGAAGGACUUUCAUGAACUGGUAUUCUUCGGAGGCUCUCUCUGGUCCAGAGCAUGGAUCUGGAGGAAAUGCUGCCUACUACUGAGAAAACUGGUCAGGAUCGUCUUCAGGUCGUCCUGGUGGUCAUUUGAGAGAAUGCAGGUUUAAAGAUCAUCUGUUGUCAUGUUACAGACCUGAAAGCUUCAGUCCCGUCAUUCAUACCCGUUAAUACGCUUCACUUACACAGAUUUAGAUCUGUAUUAGUUUGUCUGCUGUAUUCUAGUAGGAAAACGCUUGGCUUUAUCAAUCUCCGUCCUUCUGAAUUCUCUAAAUGUUUUGUUAAUUGACAAUAAUUAAUUGUCUGAACAGCACAAAAGACUAAAAGCUGACUGUUUAAUCUUGGUUUUUAGACUUUUAAUGUUUGAUAGCUGGAUAACAACUCAGGAAGUGUUUAAUGAAAGUCUCUGCUCAGCUCCCUGUGUGACUGAGGUGCAGCUCUGAUAUUAGAGUGGAUCACUUAUCUUUUCUGUUCUGUUACAACUGCUUACAUGAAGAUAAACACUUAAACUUCCUGUAUGUUUUUAGUUGAAGAAACUUUUUAUCUCAUCAUUUAUCAUUAUCAAUUACCUCUGACUUGUAUUUGAACACAUGUAUCCAUCCCUAGACUGUCUGACAGUUUGUCACUGAUUUUUAUAUACAGCCAGUUUAUGUUCUUUAACUAAUAGUCCCUGCUUUUAGGAUGUAAUGAGAAGUACUUAGAAAUAUUCUGUAAAUGUUUUUUUUUUUUUUGAUAAGGAGCUGAAUGAGGAGGACGAGGAGUGACUUUCUGUCAAUGAUUUUCUCCUAACCAGCUCAUCCUGAUGCUCCUGCUUUCAACAAUCAUGGCAGAAGAACUCCGGUCCUUCAGUGGACUCCUCUAUUACAAACAUUACGGCGUUUACUCACAGAAAACAACACAUGGCAGCUGAAGAAGAUAAGAGACGACUACCUCAAACCAAACAUAUGACUCUGCUGGGGUGUGAUGAGAAAUAAAUUAUUAUGUUUGAAUCUAAUGAAUGAUUGAGGUUAUUGUAUCUGUUUUUUUUUCUCUGA